AUGUGGCGGGCCCGGGCCCUGCGCGCCCUGCACGCCCUGCGGCCUGGCCUUCUGCCGUUGGGAGGCCGCGGUUACUCCGGGGUCUCCCGGGUGAGCCAGGUGGAAGCCUCCUGCAACACCCCUGCGGCUCUGGCGGCGGUGCUGCUGCUGCCCAUGGGUUUUUGGUAUUGGAGGCAGCCAGCAGAGUUGCCAAUGCCCAAGGCAUUGCAGGCCAGUGGUGCCACCAUCCACCCAUCUCUGCGGAAAAGCUUCACCGCGGCCGGUGCCGGCCUCGUGGUGCGCCGUGCGGUGCUGCAAGGGCAAUGCCUCCUGCGGGUCGGGGCACCGAGGGCAAAGAAGCACGGCCCUAAGGUCAGCCUGCAAGACCUUCUACAAGCGCCAUCGCUGGAACCAGACGUCGCUCUUUGCACCUUGUUGGCGGAGGCUCGGCGCUGUGCGGAACAAGGCAAUGAUUUGAUCGGAAUGCGUGACUAUCUGCUGGCUUUGCCGCGGGCAUUCCCCAGUUUGCCAUGGUUUCUUCACGAAGAGGACGCAGCGGCAGAGUUGAGGGGCACCGCUUUGCAGCCUUGUUUGCAGGCGCUCGCCAACAAGGAGGAGGAGAACCGGCAGGCGGUGUUGAACCUCCUUGGGGAUCGCCUGCAAGCGCCCUGGAGUUUGGAACGCUGGCGUUGGGCAAGGGCCACUUUGAUGACAAGGGCUGGGGUCUAUGGUCUGGACGAGGAUGGCAGUAUUGGUAUUGUGCCACUGGUGGAUUUUGCCAACUGCUCGGCGGAUCCCACUGCCGCUUGCUGCAUCAACGGGGAUUUCAUUGAACUCGUUACAGUACGACCUCUGGAGGCGGGUGAAGAAGUGACCAUCAGUUAUGGGCAGCAAAGUCAGGAGCAGCAGCUCUUCACUUUUGGAUUUUUCUUGGACAACUCUCCGCAAGAGAUCAUGACCCCACUGGCCAUGAUGGUGGAGGAUGACGGGCACGACAACAGGCUGCGACAGGCAUUGCUAAGGUUGCUCUUCUUGGAACGUUCAGAAGCGGCCGCAACUGUACAAGAAAUGCCCCCCUUCGCGAUGCUACGGAAGAAGGGGCAGGUCCUGGACCUAGGGGAGCUCUAUGCCACGGCGCAGCUUCUGGAGAUGUCGCAGGAGGAACUAGGCGAAGUGGCAGAAAAAUGGAGGGACACGGCCAGGAAUCCUGCGGACCACAGGCUGACCUUACCCCCUCCGUCACCAGCAGCACUGAAACGUUUGAAGGCUCUUCUCCGCGACUGGCAUCAAGAGCUAGCUGCAGAAGCUCCACCGUCGAAAAACCAUCAAUUCCUGCGCAAGUACCGCCGGAGCUGUGCGCUCUUCGUGGCGGAGGCUUUGAAACAGGUCGAAGACAAGGUUUCUCAUGCCCAGCCCCGGAAGUUAGGAGCUGGCCAGUUCUUUGGGUGCACCGUUGUCGCUGUAAAAAAGAAACGACAAAAGGCCGCGGAGAAGGAAGUGAUGGACCCCAAUGAUGUGCUCCUGUUGAGAUUAGUGAACUUGGGGUCUACUCGACCCGGAUGGGUUCAUGAGCCGCCUCCAUGUGUCAUUGGCCAUAGCGCCAGUCAAGCUGCGCCUCAGGCGGGAUUGAAGGGAUCCAAGCGGUGGCUGCCGAGCGCAGGUUUCGCUCUCCUUGGCGCCCUGCGUCCGAAAGAAGGGUGGCGGCAACGCCGGAAGGGCCGACCUAGUAAAGCCGAGGAGCCGCGCUGGGAUCCCUCGGCACCGGUCUGGAGCGAGGAGGACCUGGAAGAUGCAAUUGUGACACCUGGAGCUUGCCACAGCCACACGCUGGUGUAUUUGCACGCCUUUGGCCGCUGCGGCAAGGAAUACGUGCAACCAAUGGUGGAUCAGCUUUCGCCAGGCUUCUCAGUGCCUUGGCUGGGAGGAGCUCGCUGCAGCGGGUUGCGGGUGGUGCUCCCCACGGCGCCCAAAGAACGACAGCCUUGGGGACCACUGGAGACUACGUGGCAUGAGUGGCUGGGCAUGGUGAACUGGAUAUUCAACGGCCCAUUCUUUGGCGUUCCUCGGGCGCCAAACAUGCCGGCACCCAUACUGACGGAGGAUCAGGUUGAAGAAGCCAUCUUGGCCGUACAGCGGCAGCAGGAGGAGUCGUUGCAAUGCAUGGCCCUGCUGAGAGAGCAGCAUGAAAGGUGGCAAAAUUCUGUUGAGCAGUUGCUUGCCCAGAUUCGACCUGAAUAUACCGAAGUGGUAGCCGACUUGAAAGGAGAGAAGUCGAAGGCCCCAACGCAGUCGACGCCCCUGGAGAAAAGUUUGGAAACCAAGCCGCAAGUGACCAGGGAAAGGCCGGAAAUUUCACAGGAUGCGAUGUUGGCCAUUGAUAGCACUAUGAUGGAGGCCUUUCAGUUCCAAGAGAAGGGGCCUUUGAAGCGGGUGAUUGGCGAGAUUCUGAGCGAUGCCGCGGCCAAAAAGAUGUCCACCGCGGAGCUGAGCGGAUGGGAACUAUACCGACACCAAGUCAAGAAGAUGGUGGACUCCAAAUGGUUCGAAUGGACUGCCGGUGCUAUCAUUCUGCUGAAUAUGAUCACCAUAGGCUUAGAAACCGAGGUUUCCCUGCGCUCGGCCGAGGGGGUGAUGAUCUUCACAAAUUUGGAGCGUGUCUUUCUGGCGAUCUACACGCUGGAAUUAGUGGUGCGUUUCAUUGCCGGCGGGCGAGCCUCGAUUCGUGACCCUUGGUGGCUGCUGGAUUUCAUUCUCGUGGCUGUGGGCGUGGUGGCUUUGGUCAUCGCUCCAACGUUGGGUUCCAUCGCCCAACAGGACUUCGGUGGGAUGGAGAGCUUGCUCAUCAUGCGGGGCCUGCGCUUGCUACGUUUGGUCCGGGCCUUGCGGAUGAUCAGCUACUUCAAGGUGAUGUGGCGCUUGGUGUAUAGUUUGCUGACAGCUGGUGGCACCAUGCUAUCAACCUCAGUGCUCUUGCUGCUGGCACUCUUCAUCAGUGGUGUGAUUGCAGUGGAACUCAUCACCAAGGAUAGCGAUCUCAAGAUGAAUCCGAUCACCGGCCCCAUCGUUGAAAUUCAUUUCGCCAGCCUACCCACGCCCAUUCUGACUUUGGUCCAAUUCGUCACCCUGGAUUCCAUCGCUGCAGUCUACUUUCCACACCUCGGCUGGGAAGAUGGCGCUCAAAAACCGAUGGCUUAAAGCGGCCUUACCAUCUGGUUCUGACUAACAGUUUGCCAUGGAAAAUCCACCCAUUUUUAA